GGUUAUUUAUGGUGGUAAAACACUUUCCAGCCAUCAACUUAGCGUUAAUUUCAGGCAAAGGGUUAUGCCAAGGCAGAGCUUGAACUUAGUAGUUGCCUGAUAACAACAACAACAACAAUAAUACUAACAUUUAUUAAGUGCUUACUAUGCACCAGACAUUGAAUUAUGUGAAGUAACUUGCCCAAGGUCACCCAGCUAGUAAGUGGUGGAGCCAAGAUUCUGACCCAGGCUCUCUGGCUUCAGAGCCUGCGCUCAACCAGUAAACUAUACUGCUUAAUUAAUAGUCUCAAGUUGAAUAGUCUCAAGUUCCAAGGAGGUUUAGCCUAUACACAGACAAUUGAUACAAAGGAGGAGAAAAGGCAGGGGAGGGGAGGGAAGGCUAAACAUUGAUCUAAGUGCUUUAUCUGCAUUAAUUUAUUUAAUCCUCACAACCUAUGAUGUUAGUUCAGCCUGUAAAAUAAGAACUGUUGUUGUUCUUAUUUUACAGGAGAGGAAAUUGAGACACAGAAUGUUUGAUUAACUUGACAGUAGUUUACAGCUAGUAAGUGCCAGAGCCAAGACGUGAAUGUUCUCUACUAUACUGUACUGGAGAGAUACAACGACCCAAUAUAAGUGCACCUACUUUAUACACCCACAUACUUGCACAGAAAUACUCACACUUCUGCACCCACCAAAUGAUAGUGCUUGCUUUUGCUAGGGCAGAUCCCACAGCUUCAUGGCUCUGAGUCUCACACCUUCUGCGGGAGUAGGGUUGCCUGAUUCAGCCAAUAAAAAUAAGGAUGCCCAAUUAAAUUUGAAUUUCAGGUAAACAAUAAGUAAUUUUAAAUAUACCCCAUGCAAUAUUUGAGACAUACUUAUAUUAACAACAUUUUUUUGUUGUUUACCUGAAAUUCAAAUUUAACUAGGCAUCUUAUGUUUUGUCUGGCAGCAUUCUCAAGGGAAAAAUUCCUUAGUUUUUCAAGUUCUAAGUCAAAUGACUCUUCUUAAAGUCUUCAGCGAUUUUUCUGGGCAGUUUGUUUUUCUCUUCUGUACUUUUACAACCUAACCUACGUCUAUCCAUUAUAGUAUAUAUUAUUCUGCUUAUAGGUGCCUAACUUCCCAUUUGACCCUUGACCUCCUUUGGGGAACUGUUUUAUGUUCAUCUGUAAAUCCCCAACCAUGGAGAUGCUGAAUGAUUGAAAUGGUUAUUGAAUAAACAGUUACUGAGAGUCACUGGGUAUAAGGAAUGAAGAGGAACUAGCAUUCGUGAAUUGUCUUCUAUAUGCUAAAUUUAUAGUGCCGAUUGUUUUGCAAUAUUUAAUGCUCAUUAAGGCCCCAUUAUAAAUGGAUGAGCAUAGUCUGGCGGAAGGGAAAUCACAUUCUCCUGAGGCCUUUAACAUUUGACUAAGUAACUGACGCCAUUCCAGCCUCCAUCUCCUUUCUUAGAGCGCAGGAUCUAGGUCUAAUUGGCGUAGAACUCCUGUUUCCAUAGCAACAAGAGGUCCUUAACGGGUCAGGGGAAGCAGGAAGUGCAGUUUGCACUUCCGGUUUGCGUCGGGGACGCCGACAAGCCGGAGGUUGACGCGGCGUGGCUGCACAUGGCCGCGUGGCGGGAGGAUGCCGCUCGUGGUGUUGUGCGGCCUGCCGGGCAGCGGCAAGAGCCGGCGCGCCGAGCAGCUCCUCGGGGCGCUGGCGGCCGAGGGCCGCGCGGUGCACGUGGUGGACGACGCGGCGGUGCUGGGCGCGGAGGACGCGGCGGUGUACGGCGAUUCGGCCCGGGAGAAGGCGCUGCGCGGCGCCUUGCGAGCCGCGGUGGAGCGGCGGCUGAGUCGCCACGAUGUGGUUAUCCUUGACUCGCUGAACUACAUCAAGGGCUUCCGCUACGAGCUCUACUGCCUGGCGCGCGCGGCGCGCACCCCGCUCUGCCUGGUCUACUGCGUCCGGCCAGGCGCUCUGGGCGGAGGCGCUCUGGGCGGGGGCCCUCGGGUAGCGCGCGCGGAGGAGACCCGGAGCCAGACCGUCAGUGUGAGUUGGAGGCCGCACGCUGAGGAGGGAGGGAGCCAUCUGGCGGCGGGCGCCAGUGUCCGCCGGGAGCCGCAGGCAGUGCAGUCGGUAGUAGAUGGGAGAGCGCAGGGAGACGCACCUAAGGAACUGGAGCGGGAGGAAACCAGCGCGCCAGAUCUUCCAGCUCUCGUGACUCCAGAAUUCGAGAAAUCUGCAAAUCAUGUGUCCAGUGCCUUUUACCCUCCCGAACUUCUGGAGGCCCUAACGCUGCGCUUCGAGGCUCCCGACUCUCGGAACCGCUGGGACCGACCGCUAUUCACCUUGGUGGGCUUAGAGGAGCCGUUGCCUCUGGCAGACAUCAAGGCUGCCUUGUUUGAGAACCGGGCUCCCCCACCCCAUCAGUCUACACAGUCCCAGCCCCUUGCCUCCGGCAGCUUUCUGCACCAGCUGGAUCAGGUCACGAGCCAGGUGUUGACGGGACUGAUGGAAGCUCAGAAGAACGCUAUCCCCGGAGACUUGCUUAAGCUUCCCGGUACCACGGAGCACCUGCGGUUUACCCAGCCCUUGACCAUGGCAGAACUGAGUCGCCUCCGUCGCCAGUUUAUUUCCUACACCAAAAUGCAUCCCAACAAUGAGAACCUGUCUCAACUGGCCAACAUGUUUCUGCAGUAUCUGAGCCAGAGCCUUCUCUAACCAGAGGGGUUGGGGGAAAACCAUGGCGCUCUAUCUAGCCUCCACUGCGCUGUUUCUCUGGCAAGAAGAAUCUGAAGGUCUGUAGAGUUUAUUGAUGUGCGGUACUAGAGCUGUUGUGACUGAUUCACUCACGCCUUCCUGAAUGCCUCUGUGCCAGACCUGGAGGUUACAGCAUAAAUUUGGAACUAGAGAGAAUGGAGAACCAGUUUGGAGGAUCUUGGCAGAUUUCUCCAGAGGACAGAGUUAAGUGGACAGGCCUUGCUUAGAUUGGGGUCUACUUGAGAUAUUGCACACCUCUGAUUUUCCGCAUCUAAGUUGUGGGAGAACAAACCGGAUGGAUGAAUUGUUUCAAAAGAAUUGUGAACAGUAACUGAGGAUGGCCCAGUUCUGUAUCUGCACUGGCCCUUCUUUCAUACAAUAGUUUUUUGAGUACCGUGCAUACUUUUUGCUAAUCUCUAUCCUGGGGCCUGGGCUCACAGAUAAAUCUACAAAUUUCUGUCCUUGGGAAGCUUUGGUUCUAGUGAAAGUGAAAGACUGAACCACUAGAUUAUUUCAUCUAAUAAAAUCUUUUAGAAGAACGUC